UCUCCUUGUACACAUCGACUACCAUCAACAAGAUUAACAAAUUCCUACUUCACAGGUUCAGAUUUGUAAAUGUGGAGGGUUCCGAUUAGUAAUCAUAGGCUUCUAUUGGAAACUAGGGUUCCGAUUUGAAAAGGAUUUUGCUAUCAGUGAAACUAUCAACCGAUUCAUCCUUCACAUCUCCAUCCCUCUGCUAUAUGUUGAGUUAAUUGCACGUUUGAUCAAAUGGUUCGUACAUUCUUUCGCAAGAUGUUGAGAUACCUAUCUUCGGAAGAUGAUAGCGAUGAUGAUCUUGAUGAGGAUGUCGAAGAACAUUGUACUUGCAGACGUCGUAAAUUUGUUCGACGCAAUCAUAUUCAGGGACAUGAGCGUUUAUAUCAUGAUUAUUUUGUAGAAAAUCCGGUAUAUCCCUCGAAUCUAUUUCGACGGAGAUUUCGGAUGAGUCGUCCUCUAUUUCUCUGUAUUCUAAAUGAGGUAGUGGCUAACGAGCCAUACUUCGUCCAAAGAAGAGAUAAUAUCGGAAGACUCGGUUUAUCUUCUAUGCAAAAGAUAACGGUGGCACUUAGAAUGUUGGCCUAUGGGGUUAGCGCUGAUUUUAUGGAUGAAUACAUACACAUCAGUGAAAGCGCUGCAAUGGAGAGUCUCAAAAAAUUCUGUGAGACGAUAGUAAGUAUUUUUUCAGCUGAAUAUCUACGUGCUCCACCAGUCAAUUACACAAUCAACGGCCAUGACUAUACUAUGGGGUAUUACCUUGCAGAUGGUAUUUAUCAUAAGUGGCAAACUUUUGUAAAAACGACUCCAUCACCAAGAGGGAACAAGAAUAAACAUUUUGCAAAAGCACAAGAAUCUGCAAGAAAAGAUGUCGAGUGAGCAUUUGGUGUACUUCAACAGCGAUUUGCAAUCAUUCGAGGAUCUUCACGAAUGUUAAAAUUGAAGGUACCAACAAAUAUAAUGAAAGCAUGUGUUAUUCUUCAUAACAUGAUCAUUGAAGACGAACGUGAUGAUGGUGAUAGUCUUAACAUUGAGUAUGAUCAACUUGACGAUGAUCUCCCUGAAUUUUCGCGCACUCAAACAAAUGAGUUUAUGGACUUCAUCCAACGUCGUCUUCAUAUUAAAGAUAGCUCAGCACAUCAUCAGCUUCAAGAAGGCCUAAUUGAACAUCAAUGGCUAUUCUAUUCCAAACAAUAAACCAUGUCGCGUUAAAUUAGAUUGUUUUGUGGAUGUUAUGAGUUGGAUUUAGAAAUAUGUUAUGUGAUGAUCAUUAGA